AGGUACCAGAUGUUCAGAUCUUGGAGGGACAUUCAAGGUAAGGAGGGUUGAAACCUGACCACCACUGAGCAACUGAAGCAUCCAAACUGGGCUGAGAAACACCCAAAGAGACUCUUCAAAGGUUUUAUGGAUAAAAUGAGUCUGGUCUUGAUGGACCAGGUGACGAUCCCGUUGGAUAAAUGAUGGUUUAGCUGCUGAUCAUCAUGUUCUCUCUGGGUCCUGGCAGGGCAGCAAUGGAGCCUGAGACGAAGCGGUGGAAAGGGUCAAAGUGCGACGUGAAGGGGUCAAAGUGCGACGUGAAGGGGUCAAAGUGCGACGUGAAGGGGUCAAAGUGCGAUGACUAUUCCUGGGUGGCCUUCCCCGUCCUGUCAGACGAGCAGUCAGCAGACGUGGAGCUGGUGGAGGCCUACGCCGCGCCCAUCGUCGACAGGAAGGCGACGUCUCGGCUCGUCAGGGAGCUGAACGGCGUCUACCCGCUGCCCGGCCUGCAGCACGUGAAGCGGGUCCGGGCCUGCCGGGCCGAGGACAGUCCCCACCCUCUGGAGGUCCUGCUGUGUCUGCUGAGAGACGCGCCGAACCCGACGGACGCCAGCGUCCCGUCUCUGCUGCCCGCAGGCAGCUGGGAGGGGCUGGGCGAGCCGUUUGUGGUGAAGGUCCCAGCGCGACCCCCGCUGACCCGGCCGCAGUUCGAGCUGGCGAGCCGCCGCUGGCCCACGACUUUCCAUGAAGACAAGCAGGUGACGGUGGCGCUGCGAGGGGAACUGUUCGGCCCCCAACAGAGAGCCCUGAUGCACACCUUCAUGGCGUCCGCCGUGGCCGCCGCCAGAGCUGCGGCGCAGCUGGGGAUGGAGGCUGUGGGGGCGGCGGUGGUCGACCCCGAGACGCAGCGGGUCGUCGCCGUCGGUCACGACCGGCGAGGCGAGCACCCGCUGCAGCACGCAGUCAUGGUCUGCAUCGACCUGGUGGCGCGGAGCCAGGGAGGCGGCUGCUACCGCCAUGACAGGUACGACGCCUGCCGCUUCGCCCCUAUAGACCCCCAGCCAGAGAAGGGCGCUGUGCCGUACAUCUGCAGUGGAUACGACCUGUACGUCACCAGGGAGCCCUGCGUCAUGUGCGCCAUGGCGCUGGUGCACUCGCGCAUCGGCCGGGUUUUCUACGGCGCCGCCGCCGCUGAUGGAGCUCUGGGGACGAGAUUCAAGAUCCACACGCAGAAAGACCUGAACCACCGCUUCCAGGUGUACAGGGGGGUCAUGAGGACGCAGUGUGAGGAUCUGACCAGCAGGGGGGGCAAAACACCUGAACCACCGCUACUUGGUUAGCAUACCGAGGACGCAGUCAGGACCUGACCACCAGGGGGCGUGUCUGACUGACCACUGCAUGCGGACGUUUCAAUGCUGAAACUAGAGGAAGGUAUUUUAUUUUCCAACAAAAUGUUUUUUUUUAUUUUGAAUAAAGUUUUAAUCU